AUGUACAUCAAGCAGGUUAUCAUCCGUGGCUUCAAGACCUAUAAGGAGCAAACGACGCUGGACGAGGACUUCUCCUCUGGAACAAACGUAGUUGUCGGCUUCAACGGUUCUGGGAAGUCCAACUUUUUCCAGGCGAUUCUCUUCGUACUCUCUGACCAGUUCAGUUCUCUGCGUGCAGAGACUCGGAAGGCCCUUCUUCACGAGGGUGCCGGGCAGGCGGUACUGACGGCUUACGUCGAGGUUGUGUUAGACAACUCCGAUCGCCGUAUUCCUUUGGAAACCGACUCGGUGUCCAUCCGGCGCCUCAUCGGCGUGAAGAAGGACGACUGGCUUCUGGAUGGGAAGCAUGCCACCAAGGCAGAGAUCUUCGGACUCCUUGAGGGCGCAGGCUUCGCGAAAACGAGCCCGUACUACAUCGUGCAGCAAGGGAAGGUCAGCGAGCUUACGAUGAUGACGGAUGCACAACGGCUGGGUCUUCUCAAGAGUAUAUCCGGGGCCGGCAUUUGGGACGAGAGGCGCGCAGAAUCCGUUAAGAUUAUGGAGGACACCUCCACCCGGAAGAUGCGUAAUGAGGGCUUGAUCGCGGACAUUGAACAGAAGCUGAAAACCCUGGAGGAAGAGCAGCGUGAGCUCCGUGAGUGCGAAAGGUUGGAGGCUCGCCGCAGGACCCUGGAGUAUGCCUUGGCCGACCGGGAGUGGCGCUCAGCCCAGCAGCGCAUCGAUGUCCUGGAGGACAAGCGCGCGGAGGCCUCUCAGGAGCUACGCCAGCUGCAGGGGAAGGUCGCCGAUGUGCGGCAGCGAGCUGCGCAGGCGGAGGCGGAGGCCGAGAAACUCGAGGAGCAGAAGAGGCAGGUCUCGGAGGGCUUGGCAGCCCUGGAGUCCGAGCGUGAUCGGAAGUUCGAAGCGCUUACCAAGGCCGGCUUGGCUGCAGAGGAGGAGAGCCGACAGCGCAAGGAGGGCGAGGCACGAAACGAUCAGAAGCUGGUGGACUUGGCAGCCGCGCGCCGGGAGGUCGCGGAGGCCGCCGAGGUCAUUCAGAAGGAGCAGCCGCAGGUCCAAGCGGCCGAGGCCGCAUUCCGGGCGCUUGAGCAACAGCGCCAGGUGGCAGCAGCUGAGCGCGAGCAGCUGCUGGCAAAGCAAGGCCGCCGACAGCAGUUCAGCAGUGUGGAGGAAAGGAAUCGGGCGCUGGAUCAAGAGCUCAGCGCCCGGGGGCAAAAGCUGGAGGAGGCCCGGCGGAAGAUCGAUGUUUGCAACGAGCGCGAGCGCAGAAGGGAAGAAGCGCAGAAGACAUCUGCAGAAGUGGCGACGACAGGUCGAGCCGACCUGGCCAUCAAGGAGAAGCAGCUCGGGGAGUUGGGGAAGGAGGUCCGGAAUCUCGGGAGCAGACUGGACAAGCACGCCGAGGACCUGCGCUUGCUCCACCAGGAUCGCAACAAGGCCCUGCGAGACUUGGAGAGGCUUCGCAGCGAGGUCACCUCCUGCCAGAAUCGGCUAGACGGGACCAUGCCCAGGGCAAACCGUCAUGCUGUCUCAGCCGUGCUGAGCUGGGCAGCAGAGCAGGGCUUGCAGGACCGCAUUCGGGGCACACUCCUCUCCCACAUCGAGGUGGCCCCAACCUUCCGCGCAGCAGUGGAGAACUUUGCCGGCACUGCCUUGUUCAAUGUUCUUGCCAUGGAUGACGACGCGGCAGCUCAGGCCGUGAAGCACGUCCGGGUGCGGCGCUUGGGCGCCGUCGUAGUGACGCCGCUGAGCCAGCUGCCUCUACGGGCCCACACUUUCCCGACCUUAGAAGGUGUGAAGCCUCUGGUGGAUGUUGUGAGAUGUCCAGACUGGGUCCGGCCUGCUGUGCAGCAGAUCUUUGGCAGGGCGGUCGUUUGCUCCAGCAUGGAGCUGUGUGAGGAAGUCGCCCGGCACCACGGCAUCGAUGCAAUCUCGCUGGAUGGGGACCGGGUGAGUCGCAAAGGCGUCAUCACUGGUGGCUUCCAGGAUCCUCAGCGCUUCGUCCGCUUGUCCCUUGCUGAAGCCAUCAGAGUGGCGGAGCAGAAGCUCGAGAAAGCAGAGCGGAAACUUCCGGACUUCGAUGCCCAGAUUGAGACCGUGACCGACUCUGUCAACGGUUUGCACGUGGAGCGCCGCAGCAAACAGGAGCAGCGUGACAAGCUGAGGGCGGAGAUGCAGCGCUUGGCCGAGGAGGUGAAGGGCUCCGAAGAGGCGCUCUCGCGCGCCAACCGAGAGUUGACGGAGCUCCGGGAGUGGCGCCACCGCAUGGAGGUCUUGAUCCGCGAGUGCGAGGCUUCCAUCGCCGCCAAGCGCGCGGAGCGCGCCUCGCGGUCCCUGAACGGCCUCACCGCUGCCGAAGAGCGGCGCCUGCAGGCUUUGACGGAGCAACUCCAGGAGCUGCAGGGCCAGGAAGCGCAGGCACAGGAGGCGCUGAAGGUGCUGCAGACGAGCCUUGAAGAGAAGCAGGCGCAGCUGGAAGGUUCUUUGAGGCCCCGGCUGCAUUUGUUGGAGCUGGAGGUGGCCAGCACGGCUCCGGAGGAGACGGCCGAGCGGGCAGAGGAGGCGGUGAAGUUCCAAGGACGCAUUCAGAAAGAGCACGGAGAGGCCUUGAGCCGCUUGCAGAAGGAGGCCGAGGAGAUGCAGCGCUUAUCUGAGCGGCUUUCGGAGAGCCGAAAGCUUUCGGAGCAGCUCGUGACCGAAGAGCAGCGGGCCACGGACCAGGCAGCUCAGGCCUCGGUUCGCCUGGACCAGAUCACGGCGGAGCAGAGCGCCAUGAGCGCUAAGAAGGCGGAAGUCGACGGAAAGCUACAGGGCUUGGCGGCGGCACCCGUCGAGGUCGAGCAGUGCCGGCAGCUCCCCAAGGCCCAGCUUCUCCAGGAGCUCUCGGAGGCCACCCGCAUGUUACAACAGAUCCAGCACGUGAACCGCAAGGCUGUGGAGCAGUACGAGAACUUCUCGGAGCAGCUCCUGGAUCUGCAGGGUCGUAAGGAGCAGAUCGAAGCCGGGGAGGCCGCGAUCGCGGAAGCGAUCCAGCAGAUCGAUGCACAAAAGGAGGAGUCAGUGCACCAGGCUUUGCGCAAGGUGAACCAAAACUUUCAGCAAGUCUUCAGUGAGAUGGUUCCGGGAGGUGUCGGCCAGCUGCAUGUAACGCGACAGGCUCAGGGCGAGACGCAGAGUCAGGAAGGUCUGGGAGACAUUUCGGGCGUUCGCAUCGAGGUGUCCUUCACUGGCCAAGCACAAUCCUUCCUGUCCAUGAACCAGCUGUCCGGGGGCCAGAAGACCGUGGUCGCUUUGAGCUUGGUGUUCGCGAUCCAAAGGCUGGAGCCCGCUCCCUUCUAUUUGUUGGAUGAGGUCGAUGCAGCUCUAGAUGCCUCCUACCGCACGGCGCUGGCGAACCUCAUCGCACGCACGGCCAAGAAAUCUCAAGUGAUCAUGACAACCUUCAGGCCGGAGUCGCUGGACAAGGCCGACAGAUGCUACCGUGUUUACCAGCGGAACCGAGCAAGCCGCAUCGACGCAGUGAGCCGCGAAGUGGCCGCCGACCUGCUUCGUGAGCAGGACCGCUUGGCCCACUUGACUCAAGCCGAAGCCGGGGCGGAGGCUCAGGGAGCUCUCGCAGCCUGA